ACCAGGCUGGAACGAGCAGAGCUUCUUAGCAACUCUUUUCUCUCCCCCCCCCCAUUCUCGCGCUCUCUCCCUCCCUCAGAAAACUCGCCCCCCAUCCUCCGCCCCCUCCACGUAAUUCCGAAAGAGCAGAAGAAAGAGAAGGAGAACAAGAAAAGAGCUUGUAAGCGAGAGCCGGAGCCCAGGGGAAAAAAAAGAAAAAGAAAAAGGCUGAAGAGGACCGAAGGGGAGGAAGGAAAAAGGAUGGACAGCCACAAAAUGCAGCGAUUGCGGAAAUUCUCCAGCGCCAUUGGCAUGGCAGCGUGAGUGUUUCGGUCCGGCUUGAUUUCAGCACCGGGGGUGCUGGACAGCACCUCGGGGGGACUUCUGGGCAACCCUCCGCCACAGGGAGAACUCCAUCAGUCGCCUCCACAGGAGAAGCCGCGGAAACCCCUGCUUUGUAUCAGAGAGGCAAGGAUGGUCGCUGUUACUUUGUGAUGAGAUCGGGGAUGAAUUGCUCGCUUUAAAAAUGCUGCUUUGGAUUCUGUUGCUGGAGACGUCUCUUUGUUUUGCCGCUGGAAACGUUACAGGGGACGUUUGCAAAGAGAAGAUCUGUUCCUGCAAUGAGAUAGAAGGGGACCUACACGUAGACUGUGAAAAAAAGGGCUUUACAAGUCUGCAGCGUUUCACAGCCCCGACUUCCCAGUUCUACCAUCUAUUUCUGCAUGGCAAUUCCCUCACUCGACUUUUCCCUAAUGAGUUCGCUAACUUUUAUAAUGCUGUUAGUUUGCACAUGGAAAACAAUGGCUUGCAUGAAAUCGUUCCCGGGGCUUUUCUGGGGCUGCAGCUGGUGAAAAGGCUGCACAUCAACAACAACAAGAUAAAGUCUUUUCGAAAGCAGACUUUUCUGGGGCUGGAUGAUCUGGAAUACCUUCAGGCUGAUUUUAAUUUAUUACGGGAUAUAGACCCAGGAGCCUUCCAGGACUUGAACAAGCUGGAGGUUCUCAUUUUAAAUGACAAUCUGAUCAGCACCCUACCUGCCAACGUGUUCCAGUAUGUGCCCAUCACCCACCUCGACCUCCGCGGAAACAGGCUGAAAACGCUGCCCUAUGAGGAGGUCUUAGAGCAAAUCCCUGGCAUUGCUGAAAUCCUGCUAGAGGAUAACCCAUGGGACUGCACCUGUGAUCUGCUGUCCCUGAAAGAGUGGCUUGAAAACAUUCCCAAAAAUGCACUGAUCGGCCGAGUGGUCUGCGAAGCCCCCACUAGACUGCAGGGCAAAGACCUCAAUGAAACCACGGAGCAAGACUUGUGUCCUUUGAAAAAUAGAGUUGAUUCUAGUCUCCCAGCGCCCCCUGCUCAAGAAGAGACCUUCGCUCCUGGGCCCCUGCCAACUCCUUUCAAGACAAAUGGGCAAGAGGAUCAUGCCACCCCAGGGUCUGCUCCAAAUGGAGGUACAAAAAUCCCAGGCAAUUGGCAGAUCAAAAUCAGACCCACAGCAGCGAUAGCCACAGGCAACGCCAGAAACAAACCCGCAGCCAAUGGUUUACCCUGCCCUGGGGGCUGCAGCUGCGACCACAUCCCAGGGUCAGGUCUAAAGAUGAACUGCAACAACCGGAACGUGAGCAGCUUGGCUGAUUUAAAGCCCAAGCUUUCCAACGUGCAGGAGCUUUUCCUGAGAGAUAACAAGAUUCACAGCAUCCGAAAAUCACACUUUGUGGAUUACAAGAAUCUCAUUCUUUUGGAUCUUGGCAACAAUAAUAUCGCCACUGUAGAGAACAACACUUUUAAGAACCUUUUGGAACUCCGGUGGCUGUAUAUGGAUAGCAACUACCUGGACACGCUGUCCCGGGAGAAAUUCAUGGGGCUGCAAAACCUCGAGUAUCUGAAUGUGGAGUAUAACGCGAUCCAGCUCAUUCUUCCUGGCACCUUCAAUGCUAUGCCCAAACUGAGGAUCCUCAUUCUCAACAACAACUUGCUGAGGUCCCUACCAGUGGAUGUGUUCGCUGGGGUCUCGCUCUCUAAGCUUAGCCUGCACAACAAUUACUUCAUGUACCUCCCGGUGGCAGGGGUGCUAGACCAAUUAACCUCCAUCAUCCAAAUAGACUUGCACGGAAACCCUUGGGAGUGCUCCUGCACCAUUGUGCCUUUUAAGCAAUGGGCAGAGCGCCUGGGUUCCGAAGUGCUGAUGAGCGACCUUAAGUGUGAGACGCCAGUGAACUUCUUUAGGAAGGAUUUCAUGCUCCUCUCUAAUGACGAGAUCUGCCCCCAGCUGUACGCGAGAAUCUCGCCCACGUUAACUUCUCACAGUAAAAACAGCACUGGGUUGGCGGAGACUGGGACGCACUCCAACUCCUACCUAGACACCAGCAGGGUGUCCAUCUCAGUGUUGGUCCCGGGACUACUGCUGGUGUUUGUCACCUCCGCCUUCACUGUAGUGGGCAUGCUUGUGUUUAUCCUGAGGAAUAGAAAGCGGUCUAAGCGAAGGGACGCCAACUCCUCAGCGUCCGAAAUUAAUUCCCUGCAGACUGUCUGUGACUCUUCCUACUGGCACAAUGGGCCUUACAACGCAGAUGGGGCGCACAGAGUGUAUGAUUGUGGCUCCCACUCACUCUCAGACUAAGACCUCAACCUGGGUAGAGCCGGGGCGCCGUGAGGCGGUCUCCCCCACUUCCCACCCCUGCCGGCACUCCGGGGAUUGAGGAGCUGAAAUCCAAGUCCGCACACCCCCAGGCUUGAUGGACCUAAGUAAAUACAUCAUUAUGAACUCGCUCAUCUGAGAGGUCUGACCCCUUAGCUCCCUUCUGGAAACAAAGAGCGAACUGUGGCGAGCUGGGAGAGUGCUGCCAGCUCGCUCCUUGCUGAGAGCCCCUUUGACACAGCCCAGCAGGGGCCCUGCUCCAAGAACUGACUGUGCGCUUGCUCUCAGCUGCAGGGCUGGUGGGGAUGGCGGCCAAGGUCCUAUACUUAUAUACAUAUACCUACAUCUAUAUAGAGAGAUAGCUAUCUAUUUUUCCCCUGUGGAUUAGCCCCGCGAGGAGGGGGGCGUGAUGGCUCCCUGUUGGCUGCGCAGGGAUGGGCAGUUGCACGAAGGCAUGAAUGUAUUGUAAAUAAAUAACUUUGACUUCAGACAAAAAAAAAAAAGUGCUGCAUGGCUCGCAUGGAUUCCACGCGCUCCAGGGACGCUGCCCUCCCCCGCGACUGGAGAAGGCGUCAAGUUCACAGCACCCACCCUCUUACCUGAUAAGUCCCAUCGUAUCAAACUUUCUAUAAACAAAAUACAGUAUAAUCAGAAAGUGCCAUUUCGCCAUUAUUUGUGAUCGGUAGGCAGUUCAGAGAGUACUUUUACUGUGAAAAAUAUGUAAAGAUUUUAUUUAAGAUAUUUGCAUGACUAAUCAUCAGUCCCUUUUAUGAGUUAAAAUGUAUUUUGUUGAGCGAAGUUUUUAUGGGUUGUUUUGGGUUCUUUUAUUUUGAUGGUGAUGUCUUAUUUUAUUUUAAGGGGGAAUAUUUUUCUAUACAUAUCCAAUAAUGCCUUCCAUCUGAAUGUAAAAUAAGUACCCAUGAUUUCUAUUAUAGUAUCAGUGUAAUUAUUAAAGAAAAAAGAUUUUGAGGCAGUUAAGCAUGACCAAUUAAUGUCACUCUAGUGCUUAGGCUGCGAUCCUAUGGUAGCAAUUCUGUGCUGGUGUAAAUCUUACUUAUAAAGUAGGAAAAAAAAAAAAAGAACCGAGGAAGCACGUGAAACUUACUAAUUCUAUUCGAGGAUUUUAUAAUGGCAUAUUUUUCCAGUAUUAAAGUGAAAAUGUUUUCAA